AUGACGAUGUGCCCACGUCUUACGUCAACUCAAAAUCGAAGUAGAUUUCUCCAGGCGUACACUCUUUAUUUUCUGUAUUGCAAUAAACAUUUUUGUACGUAAAUUCUUAAACACGGUAUGUUUGAAACCGCUGCGGCCUGCCGCUGUAAAGGAAUACCCUUAAGGAACACCACGUAUGGGAUCGAAAUCUACGCUUCUUUCAGCUAAGCUAACGUUAUUGCAUCUAUUAGCAAAACUCGCUAGCUAAGAAGCUAGCGCUAGCUGUUAGCUAUCCUACCCUACCGUCGAGCUAGCUAUGCAUUAGCAAUUUAGCCUAGCUCGCUAACCAGUGACAACUGACAAAGGUAAACAACAAACCUUUUGAGUGCAUUUUUUGUAAAUCUCCACUCUUAUAACUUUAUCUUGUUAAUGAGCUACAACCUGAUGUCGAUUAAAACUGCGUUUCAACGUCCCUGUUUGUACCGCUAAGAUUGAAGUACGAAGCGGAGAAAAGGGGCAGCAACAGCGUCAACGAAAAACAAUACAAAUCCCGAAUCCCUCAUCACCGACUAGGCCAACCGAGCUAACUCUGGCUAACCGCUAUAUAAUGCUAGGCUGCCGGGUGUAAUGUUAGCUCAUUUCAAGUUAAUAAACCUCGCAGGGAUAAUCACAACAUCAGUCUGCUGACCGGAGCUCUUAGCCAGACACUCAGGGCGCGGAUGAUGUGAUCCUGAACACGCAAGAGUGAAUAAAAAGAUUUUCCUGUUUGUGUCAUUACCAACUACAAUUGACACACACUUUCAGCCUCACUUCAUAAAACAACUUCUCAAUAAUCCACACGGCAUCCCUGUCUGCAGUUCUUUGUGCACCUGAACCAUGUGAGGGCCCCUCGGUCCAGUCUGAGGGGAUCCCAGGACUGUUGCAAAUACGACCCCGCUGUGCGGGGCGAGACUGAUCCUAUCUGUGUUUGAGAGAGCAGUCUUUCCAGUAGCCCCCUCCUCAUCAACACAUUCCUGUUCUCCUUACUGAGGAGACACGCCAUGAUGUUCCGAGACCAGGUAGGUAUCCUCACAGAUUGGUUCAAAGGCUGGAAUGAGUGUGAACAGACGGUGGCACUGUUGUCCCUCCUGAAGAGGGUGUCCCGCACCCAGGCUCGCUUCUUACACAUCUGCCUUGAACACUGGCUGGCAGACUGCACAGAGAUCCACAUCCUUGAAGCUGAGGCCAACAAUGCAGCAAUUGUCAGCAAAUGGCAUCAGGAGCCAAAGGAGAAAGUAGUGUCCUUGCUGCUGUCACAUCUGCCUCUGCUGCAGCCUCGCAACAGCGAGGCCAAGUGUGAGUAUAUGAAGCUGCUGCAGAAGGUGUUGAGUCACACUAUUGAGAGUAGCCUGUUUGUGGAAGAAAGCAGACAGCUGCUUUCCUAUGCUCUCAUCCACCCUGCCACUACACUGGAUGACCGCACCUCUCUGGCCAUGUGGCUAAACCACCUGGAGGAGCACCUAUCCAGUGGCUAUGCACCCCGGGCCCCAUCCAGCCCCUACCACCCACGCCAGGGCUCAGAUGAAUGGCCCAGCUCGGCUGAGGCUCUGGACCCUGGCCUUGGCUGGCAUGACAAGUCUCCAUCGUCCAGCACAUCUCCAGCAGGCCAGAACGGACACAUGCCAUUCCCAGGCGGGAUGUCCUCUCCCAUUAACAGCAAUAACACAGGUCUGGGUGGGCAGAUGCAGCCCAGCCCUCUGAAGAAGUCCAUGUCCGUUAUUCCUUCCAGUCCCCAGGCUUGUGGCUCUGAGUGGGUGAGCCAAGAUGAUGCAGGUGGCCGGCAGAACUUCAUUCCAACAGACCAUGCACCCCUUUCACCACAGAGCAGCGUAGCCUCCUCAGGCAGUGAGCAGACAGAAGAACAGGGCUCCACUCGCAACACUUUCCAGGAGGAUGGCAGUGGCAUGAAAGAUGUUCCUGCAUGGUUGAAAAGUCUCCGCCUUCAUAAAUAUGCAUCGCUUUUCUCCCAGAUGACCUAUGAGGAGAUGAUGAUUCUCACAGAGCAGCACCUGGAGUCGCAGAAUGUCACUAAAGGAGCACGGCAUAAGAUUGCCUUGAGUAUCCAGAAACUGCGAGAGAGACAGAGUGUGCUCAAGUCUUUAGAAAAGGAUAUUUUGGAAGGAGGAAACCUUCGUAACGCCCUUCAGGAGCUGCAGCAGAUCAUCAUCACACCUAUUAAGGCCUACAGCCCACCCAGUACAGCACAGCCUGCCUUGGACACUGCCUCCUCCCCGUCAGAAGCCACAAAAACAGGAGCAGAUAAAGAGCCAGGCUCAGAGGGCUUCCAGUCCCACAACCCACCUCCCUGUGAUGGAGACUCCUCAGCCACACCCAUCUCAGACGGCGAUAUUGCUGGACAGUUCACCCGUGUCAUGGGCAAAGUGUGCACCCAGCUGCUCGUCUCCAGGCCAGAUGAGGAGAAUAUAAGCUGUUACCUUCAGCUCAUUGAGAAAUGUCUGACACAUGAGGCUUUCACAGAAACUCACAAGAAAAGGCUGGUCUCCUGGAAGCAGCAGGUCCUCAAACUGCUCCGCCUGUUCCCUCGGAAAGCUAUGCUGGACAUGCCAGUGUACCGACAGAAAGGCUGGACGUACGGGUCCAACUCCCUCCCCACAGCAGGCUCUGUGAGUGGAGGUGUAGGGCGAAGAGGGCAAAGGCAGUUCCAGAUGACUCCUCGUGGACUUCCAGCCGGGCGCAUAAGUCUUCUGAGUCCCGGUGGGAUCGGGGGAGCAUCUCCACGCCACACACUCACUAAUCCUGUGCUGGCAGGCCAGGGUAGACAAAAUUUGUGGUUUGCCAACCCUGGGGGCAGUAACAGCAUGCCAAGUCAGAGUCGUAGCUCUGUACAACGGACCCACUCACUCCCUGUCCACACAUCCCCGCAAACCAUGCUCAUGUUCCAGCAGCAAGAAUGCCAAGUUCCAGGUGCUGACCUGGAGAUCAACCCCACGCUGGAGUCACUGUGCCUCAGUAUGACAGAGCAUGCCUUAGGGGAUGGAACAGACCGGACAUCAACAAUAUGAACAGAAGAAAGGAAAAAUACACUUCAGUUGAGGCCUGUUCAGUUCCUCAUCACCCAGCACAAAGAUAUACGUAUGCUUAAGAAAACCAGGCAAAGCAGUCACUACAAAAUGACAAAAAAACUGUGUAUAUGUUCUCUAAUAUUUUUGUACUUUAUUAUAUACAACUAAGUUUAUUAAAAAUGGAAUACAGAUGAUUAUUAUAUUGCAGGACAGAGAAAAAAAAGGUUAACUGUGCAAACUGCUCCAUGUCACCUGCAGGACUGUGACAUGAUGUGCAGAGGCUCAGUUUGCCGUGGUCUGAGAGAAAAAUGGUGGAUUGGUGCUGUCUUAAAGGGGUUCUGCCCUAUGAGUUACUCUUCUUUUCCUCCUGCCAUGGAGCAAGGCUUUCUAUCCAGAACACGCCGACAGCCACAGCCCCUGCACCACAUAAUGUGUAGAUUCAGAAAAUUUCCAGCCAAAAGUAAGGCACUUUUAUUAAAUUAUCUCUAAUAUUAGGCACUAAACCGUAAUUGGCCCGGGGAUACAUUCGAUGAAAGGUUCCACUUGUAGACAGGUGUUGAUAUACCGACACCAAUACACUUCCUAGCAACCCGAAUUGUUCUAUAACCAGUGCUAGUGAGAGCUUGUCUUGGUUGAAACUUGGACUCCUUUCCUUGGUUCUUUUUAUCCUCUCUAGAGAAACUGGUUUUUGCGGCAAAGGUAAGAAAGGGAGGACCAAAAGGAUUGAGAAAAAGCUUGUAAUUCAACUGGAGGCAUACCUGUUGUCUUGGUUGUUUUCCCUGAACACGUAGUUAAAGUAGAAGUGACUGUCCUCCUCUAAACUUCUACAAAGCCAAAGAGAAGGGUUGUACGAUUGUUAAUUUGAGAAGGAUAUUUGUAGUGAAAUGCAACAGAAUGGUAUACUUUUGUAAAAAGAACAGCAGUUUGAAGAAUUUAUGCCAGCUGCAAUUUGUCUCUGUUAUUUUAUGCCCUACUACAAAUGAUGAUGAAUCUCAUUUUGUGCCGAGGAAUCCCCAGAGGGGUGAAUAAGGGCUGGUGUGGUUUGUACUGUGCAAGAGCUGAUUUGAUAUUGCAUUGAUAAAAGCAAGGAGGGUAGAGUGUUUUCAAUUUACACUAAUGCCGGGUGAGAAAACUAAAUGAAACCCAUUUCAACCCUCUGGCCCCCUUAUGAUUGGCUCUGGAAAAUGAAGCUUGAUCUUCUAAUAAAUGCUCCAGAGCGCAGCGCCCUCAUCCUCACAGUGCCCUCUUCCUCAAACGGCCAAUGUGAUGAUUUGAUGAAUCAUACUUUUCAAGGUGCUUGACUAUGUCCAUAUUUUCUGUUUGUGUCUCAAUGUGUUUCAGUCUCAGAACCCUAACAUUAUCAUGUGGUAUCAGUGUUGAAUCAAAAACAGUCUUAUACAGCCUCUGUCUUUGAAUGUGGCAGAGCGGAGGUGCAUGUAUGUGUAAUAUGGUCUUAACUUUUGGAUCACUUUUGGUUGCAUCAUAAGGCAGGGAUAACCAUUCACAUUUUAUUUAAGCAGAGCCAUAGGAGGUCUGUCUAGUAAAGAUGGUUAUUUACAGA